AUGACGACUCCGAGGACAGGACAUCUCAUUUCGUUAAAUGGCUAUUUCCUCUCGCCUCGCGCCUCCUUCUCGACUACUCGAGCUUGCAUCUCGGGAGGAGUUGAGGAUCGAGGAGGAAGAAAUUUGGGAAAAGAGAAAGGCCCGUUGUGUCACACUGCGCCAGGACUGCCCUACUGCCAAUUGUCUACAAUACUGCAAAAACUCAGUUGGUCAUACCCAUCAGCAUCAGGAGUUUGUGCUUGCAACUUGAAUAAUAAUUCAUUGCCAAGAUUCUUGACACAACUCAGCUCUGACACUGUCAACUUGACUGAGCAAGUGGUUAACUCUCCUGGAACCAUUAAGGCCAUUGUUCAAAUACUCAACAAUGUAGCCAAUGUGUCAUCAUCACUAAAUAUCCCAAUAACUAAUUCUUCAAUGGAGAACAUCCUAUUAACUGCAGGUGUCCUCACCAUAAAUGGCUCAAAGACAUCAUGGGGCUUUCUGAAUGGCAACGACACCAGCAACAUCAGAGCAACACAAAGAAAAAGUGUCAGCUCAGCAUUCUUGCAGUCCCUUGAGAAUAUAACAAGUUAUCUUACCAAUGACUCUUUCAAUAUUGACACACCUUCAAUUCUCUUGAACAAAACAACAUUUACAAACCCCUUUAUGGCAGACUUUAAUUCCUCUGUGGAGAUAGACAUACCAACGUCUGAUGGAAGAAGUAAGUUUAUCACUGUGGUAACAUUUGCCUCAAUGGAUAACGUGCUCCCUGCAAGAGACAAAGGAAAUUCAUCCAUCUACGUCAUCAACGGGAGAGUCGUACUUGUUCAGUCCAGUGGUACCGUCGAUAAUGUUUCGUUCACAUUUGAUAUUAUAAACAAUACUCUGGGGAACGCUCAGUGUGUUUUCUGGAACUUCAGCCUCUUCAGUGGUCUCGGGGGAUGGGACAAUGGGGGCUGCGUGUUGGUAUCUAACAACACCAACGUCACCUGCAACUGCAACCACCUGACCUCAUUCUCUAUCCUUAUGUCACCCUACACCAUAUUUGACAUUGUGUUGGAUUACAUUACCUACAUUGGAGUUGGCAUAUCUAUGGCUUCCUUGGUCAUAUGCCUCAUUAUUGAAGCUAUCGUCUGGAGAAAAAUAAGAAGGAACACCACAUCUUACUUGCGUCAUGUUUCCAUUGUUAACAUCGCUGUGUCUCUCCUGAUUGCUGACAUCUGGUUCAUUAUUGGGGCCGCCAUCUCAGAUGCAAAGACCGUAAACCAAUCAGCAUGCACUGCGGCUACAUUUUUUAUCCAUUUUUUCUACCUUGCCCUGUUCUUCUGGAUGUUAGCCUCAGCUCUGCUGUUGUUCUACCGCACAGUCAGUGUCUUCGACGGGGGUUUGUCUAAAACAUCUAUGUUGGCUAUUGGAUUCUCUCUAGGCUACGGGGGCCCUCUCAUCAUCGCUGUCAUAACUAUAGCUGUAACUGCACCCCAAAAUGCGUACAUCCGAGACGCUGGGGUCUGCUGGCUCAACUGGGAUAAAUCCCAAGCUCUACUGGCAUUUGUGAUCCCUGCACUGACAAUAGUGGUGAUAAACCUGUUAAUCCUGCUUGUUGUGAUUUACAAAAUGUUGAGAAGAAGGGUAGGAGACUCUGCACAAGCAGCUGAGAAGCAUGUAAUGGUGGUUAUUGCAAGGAGUUUGGCUGUCCUCACACCAUUUUUUGGAUUAACUUGGGGUCUGGGAGUCGGAACCCUCGCCGACCCGAACAAUAGAGGAAUCCGUAUUAUAUUUGCAUUGUUCAAUUCACUGCAGGGUUUCUUCAUAUUGGUGUUUGGAACUCUGCUGGACAAAAAGGUGCGGUCAGAAUUAGGGUCAGAAAUGUCCAGAAGUGGAACAAGGAGCACCAGCACUGGAAACUCAUCAAGUGUAUUUACCUUUUUCAAGAAAGCUAAAGCUUCCAGACAAAACCUUAAAAGCUAAACUUCUAAAUGCUAGUGUAGCGGUUUUAUUAACUGCUAGCGCCUUAUGGUAGUCAUGUCAUAUGUAAUUUUGGCCACAUACUUUGGUCUAGAAAUCUCAACAACUAUUACACAUAUUGCCAUAACAUUUUGUUUAGACAGUUAUGUUUCCUACACUAUAAAAAUGCC